CGAAAGCCGACGGCGACGAAAAGAACAGUUCCUUUGACGCCAUAACCUCGAAAUCCUCGCUCUCGACUUCAACCCCCCCGCAUUUCCCACCCCUAGUCGCCUUCCGCACACACACAUCAUGUCCGACGUCCAGGAGCGCCUCAAGAAGCUUGGCCAGGCCGGCCGAAUUGGUGGAAAGGGAACUCCCCGAAGACCGGUCAAGCGUGCGCCUGCUCGAUCCAACAACGAUGACAAGAAGCUCCAGGCCAACCUGAAGAAGCUCAACACCCAGCCCAUCCAGGCCAUCGAGGAGGUCAACAUGUUCAAGUCUGACGGCAACGUCAUCCACUUUGCUGCUCCCAAGGUCCACGCCGCCGUCCAGUCCAACACCUUCGCCAUCUACGGCAACGGUGAGGACAAGGAGCUCACCGAGCUUGUCCCCGGUAUCCUUAACCAGCUCGGCCCCGACUCUCUGGCUUCCCUGCGCAAGCUCGCUGAGAGCUACCAGAACAUGCAGAAGGCCGAGAAGGGCGAGGAUGACGACGAGAUCCCCGACCUGGUCGAGGGCGAGAACUUCGAGAGCAAGGUCGAGUAAAGAUUCUUAAUUGAAUCUUGAAGAAAAAAAAAAACAAAGGCAUGUAUUUUGUAAUCGGAUGCAAAAGGAGCUGAAAGGAAAUUUCUUUGGCGGGGCAUGUCUGGGUUUUUUUUUUAGUUGUCGUUACGCUUCCGAGCUGCGGGACGACAAGAUUGGUUUUCACGAGCUGAGAGACUGCGUCGGGAUGGAGAGGAUAAUAAUGGACACUCUCUUCCCCCUUCGGCGGAAGUUCUGCAAGUUGCCAAUGAUGCUUUUCUUUUUACGAUUACGGGUACGCUUACACCCGCCGGUUUGUGCAUAUUCGAGAAUUUGCUUGGCGUGGGGGAAAGCAAUGCGGCAACGUCAAUUUGUGGCGAUGGACGCAGAAAGAUGAAGGAGGCGGGUUUGUACAAAGACGCGAAUUGGCUGGAAACAAAAGAAAAAAAAAAUUACCAAG